AUGGAGAAGCAUCCACACCCAAACGACGUGUUGGACCAUGCGCCAGAGCUUGGGGCAACCAUUCCCCCCGUUCUACCUAACGAGAGUGACGGGAAACACCAUUCGAUUACCCAAAGUCUCGCACUCGAACACCAACUCAAUAGUGAACUCGAUAACGAAGUAUCACACUCCGCCACUAUGAAAAGCCAUGAGAACGAGCCCUUUCCCUCGCCUUCUUCUCUUAAUCCUGAGGUCCUUCACUCUAUCGUCGUCGAACUCCGAGACACCUUGAAGCGCGAACGUGACAACUUCGCGACCGCCCUGCAUGACGCCGUGACUAAAUCCGCACAGCUUGAGUUGCGCAACGCGGAUCUUGAAGAGAACUACAACACGGUAAAGGCGCGCGCAGAUGUUGCGGAGGGAAAACUGGUAGAAAUGGAACAGAAAUACACCGAGAGUGAGCAGUCGCUUACCAUGCUCCGUUCCAAGCUGGAGGACAGUAGGAGGAGCAUCAUGCGUUUGCAGUCGGAUCUAUCGAAGCGCGCCAGUACGCUGGGGACCUCUACAUCCCAAAAUACGAAGCGCAUGAGCUUGGCGGAAGUGGACAAUCUCAUGGCCCCGUCUUCACCGCCUCCCCAGACCUUGCCGGUGUUGGAUAUUUCUCUUGCUUCUCCCACUUCACCCCCUCUCACUCCUAUUUAUGCCACGAACCCCUCUCCCCGCUCUUUAUCACCACCUGUUGAUACAUUAACGGACCAACUACAUCCCUCCGCCGCAGAGAUUGCCUCGCUUCAGGCUGAAUUGUCUGCCACAAAGGUGGCUUUGAUGGAAGCAAAGGAGGCGAGACAAGCGAGCGAGGACUGCUUGCGCGCAUUGAGAGAAUUUAUCGCAUCUAGUUCCUCGCCCUCAGAUGGGAAAGACGGGUUGAAGUCGCCAGAUUUUCUUAAUAUCCAGCUCCCUCCAUUGCCGACAGACACUGGCGUGGAUAAACACGGGGAUCAAAGCUUGGACUCUGGGAGAAAGGCGGCUGCUGGCUGGGGUUUGAGACUUUGGAAGGACUCGUCUUCAUCUUCGGCCUCAAGCACCCCUUCGUUGUCUAGACCCUCUAUCGAUAGAACUCAAUCGUACAUGUAUGAUGGCUCCCCCACGACAGGCAAUGUGCCUUUAUCUUCAGCUACUUCGAUCAACCAAGCACCACCUCCACCGUCCUCAUUCCGCUCCAAGCUUGGCUUCUUCUCAAAAGUAGCACCUUCCGCGUUCGCCUUUCCCCACGUCUCGAAUCCUUCGGUAUCUAGCCAAGACAGUGGCGCAGCCAGAUCGCCUGGGGAUAGGAUGUCCGUUGCCUCGUUGUCUAGUAGGACGAUUGACAGCAGCUCGGAAGAAGGGCCGCAUACGGAUGAUGAUCUUGUACCGGUCAUUCUUCCUAAAGACAGCGGGAAUACUUCUGACGAUGUGAAGACGCCAGUUCACAGCGGCGGACAUCCAGAUACAUUUGUUGCCGCAGAAAGCGACAUCUAG